AACCGGUCGCUCCGCGCCGACGCCGCCGCCGACGCCACCGCCGACGCCGCCGCCUGCUGUGGCCGCCGCCAUGGACGCGUGCGUCGUCAAGUGAGCGCCCUUGCAGUGCCACAGCCGCCGCCGGAGCCCCGGCGUCCCUCGUGCUCGGACCGCUGCUUGCAGACCCCGCCUGGACUAUGGUCGCCACCGGCGCGAGCGCGCUCGUCUUCGCCGUUCUGCACUCCCUCUGCUCCGCUUACCAGGCGCCGGACUCGUGGGCGCCGCCGCGGCUGUCGUCGCCGGAGCCGGAGUUCGCGGCGCCCAUCGGCAACCUGACGGCGCCGGUGGGCCGCGAGGCCGUCCUCUCCUGCGUCGUCGACAACCUGGGCAAGUACAAGGUAGUGUGGCUGCGGGCGGACGACCAGACGCUGCUGUCGCUGCAGGACAAGGUCGUGACGCACAACAACCGUGUCGCAGUCUCGCACGACCAGCUGCGGACGUGGCGGCUGCACCUGCGCCAGCUCAAGGAGGCCGACCGUGGCUGCUACACCUGCCAGAUCAACACGAGCGUCAUGAAGCAGCAGUUCGGCUGCAUCGACGUGCACGUGCCGCCCGACAUCCUGAUCGAGGAGACGAGCGGAGACCUGGCGGUGACGGAGGGCGACAACGCGACGCUGCGCUGCCGGGCGUCGGGACGCCCUGCGCCGCGCAUCUCCUGGCGCCGGGAGGACGGCGAACACAUUCUGCUGAGGCACGGCGCCCGGGACCUCUCCAGGGUGGAGUCGUACAGCGGCAGCGACCUGCACCUGUGGCGGCUCGACCGCAGCCAGAUGGCGGCGUAUCUCUGCAUCGCCUCCAACGACGUGCCGCCCAGCGUCAGCAGGAGAAUCGUGCUCAGCGUGCACUUUGCUCCCUCGGUGAAGGUCCCCAACCAGCUGCUUGGAGCCCCACUGGGAACGGACGUGCAGCUUGAGUGCUACGUGGAAGCCUUCCCCAACACCAUCAACUACUGGGUCAAGAACAGGGGAGAGAUGCUGCUAGACGGGCCGAAGUACCUGGUACGGGAGAGUCGAGCGUCCUACAAGGUGUACAUGUGGCUCGUGGUGAGGCGCUUCAGUCGCAGUGACGUGGGCACCUACAACUGCGUCGCCACCAACUCGCUGGGUCGAGGGGAGGGCACUCUGCGGCUCUACGAGAUAAAGUUGCACUCGGCGACGGAUAACCACGUAGCUGUUGUUGGAGGCCUGACGGAGGCCGCUCGUGGUCGCGCGUCCUCGGGAGCGGCCGGCCCCCGCCGCCCCCAGGCUCCUCCUCGCUGGGUGUCGCCGCUCGCCGUCGCCGCAGCCGUGGUGGGCGUGGCUGGUAGCAGGUGACGCGCCUCCAGGCUCCCAGAUGUCGCCGACGCGUCCAGCGUGCGUCGCCGCCGUUCCACUCCUCAACACAUGUCGGAGCCUCGUACACGAGGAACUGACACUGUCACUCAAGCCCUGACGGACACGAAAUAAAACCACGCGAACUGAUACGAGCGUGUUCCUCACACCUUCCACCUAAAAGAGAUAAUGUCCCUUUCUAUUAGAAGCAUCGUAAUUAGAAUAUCCCGCAAGGGUGAGGUAGAGAACGCUGUUGUUACUUCUCCGUUUUUAUUCCAUGUGUUGAUGUGGGCUAAGGCUUCCCAACUCCUGUCAUCUUCAUGCUUUCAUCAAAGAAGUGUAAAACGACUGGCCCAUUUUACCACGACAAUUCGAUACAGUUGUGUAUGGAUCAUCAUAACAAUAUAUGGCACAUAUCAGAAAUGCUCCAAUGAACACCGCACAUAAAAUCUUAAUAAAAGAAAACCAAGCUACAUCCGAUCAGCUUUCAAUAUUGCAUUUUUAUCAAAAGAGCGCUGUGCAGUGGCAUCAUGUUGGAAAUUUUUAGCUGAUAAGUCAAUAACUAUCAGGAUCACCCGUAAAUAUAUUCCAGAUUUGAGACUUCCUGGCAGAUUUGAAGAGUGUAUGUCACACUCUAACGGAGACCUUCGACUUUUUCGGGCAAGUACUUUACUCGAGCACGGCUCACAAACCCUCCCUCCCCUUUGCACCCGCCAAUCCCGUGUCUCGUACCUCUCAACCUUCACAGAAGUUUUGCGAAACCUGCUGAACCAAAACUCUUGAAAGAAAGGAUACUGCGGAGAUAUAGCUUAGCUAUAGCCUGGGGUAUUGAUUCCAGAAUGAAUUUUUGGCUUUGGAGCGGUGUGUGCGCUGAUGUGAAAUUUCCUGGCGGAUUGAAACACUGUGCGAAAGGUAGGAAUAGCUUCAUUUAUAAAUAAAUCUCCUGAUACCAGUCACGAUUUUUCUUUAUUUUACUUUUCGUACGACGCGUUUCGGGAAAUGAUUCCCAUUUUCAAGUGCGUUUUUUGUGUGUAUUAAGCCAUUUCUAUUAAUGUUG